AUGCAAGUUCGUCUCCUACGGUUGAAAAAGGUUCUUUGGGUAUUGGCGUGUAUAAUAAACUUAUAUGGCUUCGGAUCCAGUGCGGCAUUUAUUUACCUCAUGUAUGAAAAUUCGUUCAAAUACUACCAUAGCGAUGCUAAAACAAUAUUAAUUGUUUUCGCAUUUACAGAAAUAUUAAUUCGCUUUAUGAUUGUGGUAAAGAUUCAUAAGUAUGAUGAAAAGUGGAGAAAGGAUCAUAUUUUGAUUUUUGUAGUCAAGGAAAAAUAUUAUUUUUUGAGAGAAACCUGGGGAACAGACGGAACUCAGAACGAGAAACAGAAUGAACAGAAGUUUAAAUUUGAAACCAUCGGAUUGUUGGCUAAUUUUUAUGCAAUCGUGCAGCUCUUCUUGUUGUCUGUCCUUUUUUUUCAAAACAUCAAUGACUUUCAAGACGACGAUCAAAGUAAGCUUAACAAAGCAAGUCAAUUCAUUGAGACUGAAUAUGACCAAUUAGAUAGGUUCAUCAGUAGCCUUUUAGUCACGAUGUGUAUUGUAAUAAUCGGCGAUUUUUGUGAAAUGUUUUGGGAUUUAAUACUAAAACCAGUAUGUAAGGAAGUUGCUGUUGCGGUUGUUAAACUACUGUAUCUUUAG